AUGGAAACUACAUUUAAUGUAGGGUCUAUAUUUGGGUACUAUGCCUCUUUUUCGGCUUUUUUAACCCUAGGCCAACAAUCUUACAAUCAAUUUGUCCCUCAACAAAUACGUGAAUACAUUAAUGAGAAAGUCUUGAAUUGGUUCAAGAAACCAUCAAUUUUAGACCCCAAGAUUUUUACAUUAGUCGUUCGAGAGUGCUACAAAAACGAAGGCUACAAUUGUAGCAACGGUGUAUACAGGGCUUGUGAAGCAUACCUUGCCAACAAGCUCAAGCCUUUAUCGACACAACUCGAGGGAUGUCGUAGGGACGAGGACCACGGGCACGACGUGUACUACCACCUAUCGCAAGGGGAAGAGUAUGUCGAGUAUGUAAAAUUAGACGAAAAUAAUGUAAAUGUAAAAUUACAUUGGGAGUUUUCUUGCAAGAAUGAUAAAGGAGAGAAAGAACAGCAGAUUAAUGCCUCUAAUGUCCAUAAAUCCUUUUUGUUGAGUUUCGAUCCUCAAUACAAGGAUAUAAUUCUCGGUAGCUAUAUUCCCUCGGUCGUGAUGAAGAGUUACGACACUAUGAUCGAGAUGAGUAAGGAUAUUUUUCUGUACACGUAUCAAGGCGGGAUGUCAUCGAGGCAUUGGCACCCCGUGUCGUUUAAACAUCCCUUCACAUUCGAUGCCUUGGCAUUGGAUCCGGAGUUGAAGAAGUCGAUUGUAGAUGAUCUCGAUAGGUUUAUAAAGAGGAAGGAGUUUUAUAAAAAGAUUGGGAGAGCUUGGAAGCGAGGGUACUUACUGUAUGGACCUCCCGGGACUGGCAAAUCUAGUUUGAUUGCAGCUAUCGCGAAUUACCUUAAGUUUAGUAUCUACGACUUACAGCUUUCUGGCAUCGAAAAAGAUGCUACCUUAAGAAAUUUGAUGAUGUCCAUUACCAAUAAGUCUAUACUUGUGAUCGAGGAUAUCGACUGUGCCACAGGGUUGUCGAAGAAGGCUCCUCUUACAAGGGAAAAUCAUGAGUACAAUGGUUAUACUUCUGAUGAGUACGAUUACAAUGAAUACGAUAAUGAUGAUAGCAUUAAAGUUCAACCAGGAGGUGAGCCUACUUCCAAUGAUGUAGCCGAAGUUAGCAACACUUUAUCGCUUUCAGGGCUAUUGAACUUUAUCGAUGGAUUGUGGUCUAGUUGCGGAGAUGAGCGGAUCAUCAUCUUGACAACGAAUUAUAAGGAAAGGUUAGACCCGGCAUUGUUGCGUCCAGGACGUAUGGAUAUGCACAUUCACAUGUCUUACUUGAGAAUGCCGGGGUUCCGGAUCCUGGCUUCCAACUACCUUGGCCUAUCAGGGGAGCAUCCUUUGUUUUCGAAGAUUGAGGAACUACUAAAUACGACAGACGUGAGUCCUGCUGAAGCAGCGGAGGAGCUUAUAAGGAGUGAAGAUCCUGAUAUUGCCCUUGCCGGAGUUGUUAAAAUGUUAAAGCAGAAGAAAUCAGAUCAAAGCUCUCAAAAACAGAAGAAAAGAAAGAAGAAGAGAAAUAAGAAGGGUAGAAAGGCAAUGAAAAGGGAGAAAGUAGAUGCAAAUGUAAACAAUAAUGAUGAAUUGACUAGUCAAGUAGUAGAGGGUUGAAUUUCGCAGUAUUAUUGUAAUUUAACUCAUUGAAAUAUGCCUAA